CAGCUGAAGAAUUUAAGAAUCAUUGAACCUCACGAGGUGUUACACUCAGGAGAUCCAGGUGCAGAAAGAGGCGGCAGAAUGGCUCCCAAGAUCACGUCCGAUCUGCUUCGACAGCUGAGACAAGCCAUGAGGAACUCCGAGUAUGUGACAGAGCCCAUUCAGGCGUACAUCAUCCCUUCGGGAGAUGCCCACCAGAGUGAAUACAUCGCGCUGUGUGACUGCCGGCGGGCCUUCGUCUCAGGCUUCGACGGCUCUGCGGGCACAGCCAUCAUCACAGAAGAGCAUGCGGCCAUGUGGACCGACGGGCGCUACUUCCUCCAGGCUGCCAAGCAGAUGGACAGCAACUGGACGCUCAUGAAGAUGGGUCUGAAGGACACGCCAACUCAGGAAGACUGGCUGGUGAGUGUGCUUCCUGAGGGAUCCAGGGUCGGAGUGGACCCGCUCAUCAUUCCCACAGAUUACUGGAAGAAGAUGGCCAAAGUCCUCAGAGGUGCCGGUCACCACCUCAUUCCUGUCAAAGAGAACCUGGUGGAUAAAAUCUGGACGGAUCGUCCCGAGCGCCCAUGCAAGCCCCUCCUCACCCUGGGCCUGGAUUACACAGGGAUCUCCUGGAAGGACAAGGUUGCAGAACUCCGGUUGAAAAUGUCCGAGAGGAACGUGGUGUGGUUUGUGGUCACGGCCCUGGACGAGAUCGCAUGGCUAUUCAACCUCCGAGGAUCUGAUGUGGAACAUAAUCCGGUGUUUUUCUCCUAUGCAAUCAUAGGACUGGAGACCAUCAUGCUCUUCAUUGAUGGUGACCGCAUAGACGCCCCCAGUGUGAAGGAGCACCUGCUUCUGGACCUGGGCCUGGAGGCCGAGUACAGAAUCCAGGUGGUUCCCUACAAGUCCAUCCUGAGUGAGCUCACAGCCCUGUGCGCUGACCUCUCCCCGAGGGAGAAGGUGUGGCUCAGUGACAAGGCCAGCUAUGCCGUGAGCGAAGCCAUCCCCAAGGAGCACCGGUGCUGUAUGCCUUACACCCCCAUCUGCAUCGCCAAAGCUGUGAAGAAUUCCGCCGAGUCAGAAGGCAUGCGGCGAGCCCACAUUAAAGAUGCUGUUGCCCUCUGUGAACUCUUUAACUGGCUGGAGAAAGAGGUCCCCAAAGGUGGUGUCACGGAGAUCUCAGCCGCUGACAAAGCCGAGGAGUUCCGCAGGCAACAGGCCGACUUCGUGGACCUGAGCUUCCCGACGAUUUCCAGUACGGGACCCAACGGCGCCAUCAUUCACUAUGCGCCUGUCCCCGAGACGAACAGGACCCUGUCCCUGGAUGAGGUGUACCUCAUUGACUCGGGUGCUCAGUACAAGGAUGGAACCACAGAUGUCACCCGGACCAUGCAUUUCGGAACCCCUGCAGCCUAUGAGAAGGAAUGCUUCACAUAUGUCCUCAAGGGUCACAUAGCUGUGAGCGCAGCCGUUUUCCCGACUGGAACCAAAGGCCACCUUCUCGACUCCUUUGCCCGCUCAGCCUUAUGGGAUUCUGGCCUGGAUUACCUGCAUGGAACAGGACACGGUGUCGGCUCUUUUCUGAACGUUCACGAGGGUCCCUGUGGCAUCAGUUACAAAACGUUCUCUGAUGAGCCCUUGGAGGCCGGCAUGAUCGUCACUGAUGAGCCGGGCUAUUACGAAGAUGGGGCUUUUGGAAUUCGCAUUGAGAAUGUUGUUCUAGUGGUUCCUGUGAAGACCAAGUAUAACUUCAAUAACCGGGGAAGCCUCACCUUUGAACCUCUAACUUUGGUUCCAAUACAGACCAAAAUGGUAGAUGUGGACUCUCUGACAGACAAAGAGUGUGACUGGCUCAACAGCUACCACCAGACCUGCAGGGACGUGAUCGGGAAGGAGCUGCAGAGGCAGGGUCGUCAGGAGGCACUCGAGUGGCUCAUCAGGGAGACGCAGCCUGUCUGCAGACGGCCCCAUUGA